GUUAAAUCGCGGCGCUACACAGGAGAGAGCUUGACUGUGACAGACAAUGGCCGUUCCAAGGGAAGUCAAUGCGAUGGAACAAAACAAUGUUGACUGUGAUAUUGCUGUUGAAUACGAGUUUUCCUCGCUUCUCGGUGCCUUAGCCGCCGCAGCUGAGUUCGGUGACGUCGUCGCCUUGGGCACAGCCAUUGACACUAUGCAUGGGUUUACUGACGAGCCACUUGAGAAUAAUGACACGGCACUUCACUUGGCGUGUCUAUAUGGUAACCUCCCUUGUGUUGAGCUUCUCCUGGAAAGAGGAGCUGAUAUGGAGGUUAAAGAUUUAUAUAGAGCAACUCCUCUACAUAAUGCUUGCGAUGGGGGAUACUUAGACAUAGUAGAGUUUCUUUUAAGCCGAGCUAGUGGUCCUGAAUGUGCGAAGAGAAUGAUUGAAACAAUCGACCAACAAGGUGACACUCCUCUGCAUAAUGCAGCGAGAGGUGAGUAUGUCGAUGUGGUUAGGCUUUUGCUAAGUUCAGGGGCUUCACCAACGACUAAAAACUCCAGCGGGAAGACACCAGGUGAUUUAGCUGGUAUAAACAGUGAGGCUAGGAGGAUCCUCGAAGUUGCGGUUGGCAACUCAUCAAUCUCCUAGUGAUCCU